GACAGUCAUUCUGUAUCAUGUUGGGUGAAGGUUUUCUCAGAGUACUGCAUUACAGGGAGGAGAGAAAGUGUGCCUCCAAGCUAAAGACAUCGCAGACGCACACUCAUUGUAAGAAUCUAUUCAACUGUAUUCUCUCCGACUCGACCUCCACAGACCUACAGACAGAUUCAACUGAAGCAGGUACAAACCAGGAAGAACUAGACCCCACCCAAUUCCAAGGACUGAAAGUGGUGCCUCAAGGUCCUGUAGGCCUCUCAAUCCCUGGGUGUCCACCUGCCCUCACCCUGGACCCUGGCUUUACAGUUUGCUUAGACAGUUGUAGCCUCCUACAACAGUAUCCAGACCUACAGGUGGCUGACUCAGGCCGCAUCUCACACAACCUACUGAGAGCCACUAUCGCCCAGCCCAGUUUUGGAUAUGAAGCAUGCCGUCAGCAAGAUCAGUUGCAGCAAUUUGAGGCUGCUUCAUCGAUUCCAGACCAGGGUUAUCUGGUUAUGGGGGACAGUGUGAACAUCAGCUUAGACCUGCCCGGAUCAAUUUUGGAGCCUAUGUCUAACUCGGUGCUGAACGGGCUGCUGGACAAACAGCUGGAGGAGGUGUACAUGCAGCAUCUGACUGACAACUUGGCACGAUGUAACUCCCACAUGGGGAAUAGCCUUCUGCACGGCCUGGUGCCUCCUCCCCAGCCCAGCAGCCAGACGCAGGGGCAGGGGCACGACUCACUGGAGGCCAGUCUGGAAGAAGGAUCAGGAGGGGACAGCGGCAAGAAGAUUAGUUAUCUGAGCACCCAAAACUUAGUUCCCUGUUCAUCCAACUUCAGCUCCCCUGUGCUGAGGAUUUCAGACGUUGACAAUCCUCAUCUGUAAUGAAAGUAAACCAUGCAUACACUCAAGUAGGAGUGUAGUAAGUGUAUGCAUAAGUGUGAGACUCAGCUACGUAUUUCGUUUCUCCACUUCCAAGUUUACACAUACCUGCAUGCAACUGACACAUGAAAAUAAGUGCAAUGAAUUAAAUUGCUGCAUGCUUUUAUUUUUGUUUACCUAUAUAUUUCCACAAUGUCUUAGUGAAAUGAUGCCUCAAAUUUACCUUCUCCUAUGUGCCAUCUGCUGUUAGACUGUGGUACUACACCAUCCUGAAUUUACCUGACGUGCAUAAGAAUUUAUUUUAUUGACAUUAUAGGUGUGUGUAUGUAGGGUAUUUAUUAUAUUGAAGCAAACUGUGAUCAGUGUAAGCUUAUGCUACACACUGAAGUUGCCUUGUAGAUAGAGAUGUAACCUAAUGAAUCCAUAUGGUCUGAAUGAAGCAAAAUAAUGAAGUCAAAUAAUCAUUAAAUCAGGAUUUAGAUUCCAGUCCAAGUAGUCAUUUAUUUUUUAAAUUUAUUUAAUUGUGCUGUUUAUUUGUUGUUAUAUUAAAUCUUAUAUUCUAUA